AAAAACGUUAUCGAAACUGGUGGCUACGAAGCUCAGUAGUCAAGCCGAGUCAUGAGUCAUUUCCUUCCAGUUGUUGAUUGGGAAAAAAAUUCCACCUCAGCCAAAACGGUUCUCUGAGUUCUUCUCUCUAAAGAGUCACUAGUACUACCUCCCAUAUAUAGUUGUUAAUUUUUGUCUACUUGAGGAUUCAAAGAUGGCAUCCUCCACCAUUUCAGUCAGUCGCUCUGCUGCUUUCAAAGCAGCGUCAGAUUGCGAACCACGGUCGCGGUUGUCGUCGUUUGGAACCAUUCGCGAGUUCUGGAUACAAGAAGGUGGAAUACCACUUGACACGGGAGGCAACACAAUCCUCCAUUUUCUAGCCAUGUACGGAAACGCAUUCGUGAUUCAGAAACUCAUCGACGACGACAACGGCAACAACAACAGCAGCAACAGCAGCAUAGUAAAAUGUGAAGAUCUGUUUGGGAGAAACGACAAGGGGAACACGCCAUUGCAUGAAGCUGCGAGGUUCGGUCGAAAAAGUGUGGUCGAAAUCCUCUUGCGAAAACAACAAUCAUUGGUUCGGGAACGCAAUCGUUUGGGAGAGACGCCUAUUUACGCUGCUGCGGCUCGUGGACACGAGGAUGUUUUCGACCAUCUAAUCGCAGAGGUACUCGAUCGCAAUCAGGAGAUGACCAGAAGUAUGACAAUUCCAAUGUUCUUCAUGCUGCGAUCACAGGAGAACAUUAUGGACUUGCUAUGAGCAUAUUGGAGUCAUUCCCCCAACUUGCUCAGAAUCCUGAUGAAAAAGGAAGAACUGCAUUGUAUUUGCUGGCUCAAAAAUCAAAGUCCUUCAAGAGCGGGUCAUUUUAUUCUCCACACAAUUAUAUGUCUAGCUCCUUGAUCCUUUCGGUGGACUUUCUCGCAGUUCUCACAUAUUGGUUUAUUCCAUCGAUAGUGUAUCGGUCGAAACAUGACGCUGAUGUGGAAAAUCAACAGCAAAAACGAGUUGAUAUCUCAAAACUAAAAGGGUUCUGGGCAUCAAUAAUCGCAGGUUUGGUUUUGUGUUUUGCUAUUUUCUAUAACGUAA